AUGACAGCUAAAGAAGACUACAGUUCACUUGUCCAUGGCUUAUGUAGCCUGGAGUUCUCUGAGGAUGGGGUCCCCUGUCAGCUUCUCCUGACUGGUGACACGGCUUUUCCAGUGCUAGUGACUCCAGCACAACAUGUCCUCCUGGCUGCCUCUAAGUAUGGGAAGGGUAAAAUAGUGGUCAUGAGCCAUGAGUCCUAUUUAAACCAACCACAAUUCAUGGCUUUCCUGAAGAAUGCUAUAUCCUGGCUGAAGCCAUCUGUGGAAGCAGUCAUUGGUAUUAAUGGCACACUAAGUCACCUGGAGCAGACUCUCUCCUCCUCUGGACACAGGGUAGAAAAGGUGUCUGGUCUGAAGAAAGAUCUAGGGGUGUUUUGUACGAUUGGAUAUGAUGACAGCCAGGCACAGGAUAUUGUCACAUUUUUGAGAAAAGGUGGAGGUGUGCUUAUUGGAGCUCAAGCCUGCUACUGGUCUCAAUGUAACAAACAGGAGAACGUUCUGUGGAAUUUUCCUGGGAACAAAGUAACAUCGGUUGCCGGAGUGUAUUUCACUGACAAAUAUGGAGAGAAGGGGAACUUCUGUGUGAGUGAGAACAUACCAUGCUGCCCAGUGCAUACAGAUGUAAAUUUUUAUGAGGAUCUAAAGCAUCUUAUGCAAGGUGUUAGUGACCUGGACAUCAGUGGAAAAUAUAUCCCUUCAGACCUUCUUCUUCAUGGGCCUCUAACAUUUCCAGUUGGGGUCAGCAACAACAAUCAAUGCUUUUUUGGUGCUGCCUACUUCGGCAGCGGGCGCGUUGUUGUAGGGACACAUGAAAGCUACCUCUCCAAGCCAGAACUGAAGACCUUCAUUCUCAAUGCUGUUUCUUGGCUGAAUAUGGGCCGAAAUGGAAAAAUUGGUGUUCAUAACCAACUGGGAAAUCUCCUCGCUGUUUUACAAAAUGAAGGUUUAUCUUGUGUGGCUUCUGAAUUGAUUCCUGAUCUCAGUGUGUAUUGCUGCACUUCUUACAGUGAUGCAGAAGCCGAAAUGAUCCAGCAGUUUGUAGCAGAAGGAGGAGGCCUGCUCAUUGCUGGCCAUGCCUGGUACUGGUCCAGAUCAAAUCCAAAUGUGCUUUCUCAGUACCCAGGAAAUAAAAUACUUAACAAGUUUGGAAUUAGUAUUCUAGCAGAGACCGUUAAGGCAGGAGUUUAUAAGUCUUUGGACCCCGAAGAAGGUAAUAGUACAUACCACUUUACUAGAGCAGUCUGCCAGCUUCUGAGCAUCCUGAAGAAUGAAGAGGAACUGAAACCACCUCUUAGCUCUUGGUUAACCAAGCUUAGACAGGAUGCCAUUUCUUUUAUGAGGCUUCCAGCCAGCCCUCUUAUCUCAUCUCUACAGCAAGAACUGGUAAAUUUAGUAAAAAGGUGUCAAUUACCCACUGUCAGUAAACAAUGUCCUGUGAAAAACAGCUCCAAUGAGGCUUUUAUCAUUUCUUUGGUUCAAGAAGUCAGCUGCCUUGAAUGUCUGGAUGACCAGGGAGAAGGUGACAUUGAUUUAUUGAACCAGCAUCCUGUUACAGUACAGAUUGAUGCCACAAACCCAGGUGCUGAUGCAUGGAGAAGUACUGGACUGUUUCUGCCCCCUGGGAAAACUGCAAUAUUAAUGUUUCCAGCAUCAGCUGCUGGGAAAGGUCUCCAGGUUCAGGUUGGCUGCCACUCAGAUGACCUAAACAAAGCAGAGAAGUUCUGUCGUGCUCCUGUGGUUGUUCAUAAAAAAGAUGUUCUCGGAGAAAAAUUACAAGAAGGCUUCGGAUGGGAUCCCUUCAAGCGUCUCUUUGCAGAUUACCAGACAAUGUCAAAUGUCAGCAACAACAAGACAGAUAAGAUGAAUCUUUGGGCAGAGAAGUUCUCUCAAGCUGUCAAUAAGAACUUGGCUCCGUUCUUCAAGUCCUGGGGGUGGCCCAUUGACCAGACAAGUGAGAAGUUAUCUGCAUUGCCUACCUGGGAGGAAGAUCCUAUGAAGAAGUACACCAGUUCUAAGUAA